AUGACCGCUCUAUCAGCGAAAAUGAUGUGGGGAAGCUCCGACUUCAUCGACGCUGGACGUAUUCCGACGUUGGAAGGAAGCAAGGUUAAGACUGGAGAAGUUGUACAAGAAUUAUAUUAUUUUUACACUACAUGAAUUGAAGACGCAUUUCAUUUGCUCUUACUCUUGUUCUUCUCGUCCUCGUUGAAAUUCACUGCGCCUGAUGCCUAUCCUGUAAUAGCUUGUUACUACUUACGACUACUCGUCUUGAAAAAUAUACGGAUCCUAAUAUAAACGUGGCCACUAUAGUUCUUUUUUAAAUAAUUGGACUACUUGAUUCUUUUGUUUUUUGUUUCCUAGUUAGGUAUGCUCCACCAGCAAUAAUUGUGCCCCAUUUUUACACUACAAGUCCAGAGGAACGAGAAGGCGGGCUCGGGUGUAUAGAUUUUUUUUUUCGUUAGACAUGUUGAUCUACUAGUACAUUUCUCUAAUCCCCGCUACCUCGCCGACUAUGGGCACACUGCGAAACGGCUUUUCGAGGAGGUAAUCGAGAAAGCGACCAAGGCCUUCAAUGCAGCCCGAUUAGCAGAUCCACAGUCUGUUGUGGGCAAAAAGAUAGUAAAUUUCGUCCCCAACCCUUGCCCCAACUACGAAAUGUCCAUGCUCCAUGUGGGUCUCACUUUUGGUCUUGGCGUCAUUCUUCUUAUGGCUCGUAUUAGUAAGUAAAUAUCCUCGUACGUAAGUAUCUUCAACACAGUCACAGCCACAGCAAUCACAGAUCAUUUCACUGUAGGAGGUACAUGCUCAUGUUGCACCUUUAAGAAGAAGACCGUCAUUAUUCCUCCUCGCCAUUUUUUCCUAUGAUUUUGAGUAACAAAAACAAGUCCGAGUAUGCAAAAACAGUAAUAUAAUGUUUUAUGAAACAGUAAUAAUGUACAAAUAUCAUGUAAAAACAGUAAUAAUGUCACGACAUUAGGAUCAGGCCGAGGCGGAACUGGAAGAGAUCGUCAUGGUCCUCCCCUCGUCAGAAAACAAGAUGCACAUGAAACGAUCAGAGUAGUACUAAGUGCGUUCUUUUGCGCUGUUUUCUCUGCUUCAAAGCUCAUUUAUUAUCUAAAUAGUUGUUCCUGCAAGAACGUCGAAGUAGACGAAGUGUAGUAGAUCGUCAACUAAAUAAUAAUUUAUGAUUGCAGCAUAUUAUAGCGCUAAUCUACCGGGUUUCUCGUAUGUGAAGAUGUUGCAGAGAAGCAUGAUGUUCCUGGAGAUGGCGAAGAAGGUGAAGGAAUAUGUUCCUGCUCUACCAGCACCCAUGACCGCGAUGGACCGAGACACGUCAAAAUUAGUUCGGACUGGAAGUGUGGUCACUGGUACUUCACUGUGGAGCUGUGCUGCUUAUGGGAACAACUUGGGCGCUUCUGUGGCGGACACGGUGGUUACCAUUAAGCGAACCGGAGAAAUGAUCGAAGCGAAACGGAAGGAUUGGGGUGCGACGAAAUUGGAGACCAUGAUAGGCAACGAAUACUGGUACCCAGUCGGUGCCGAAGUGCUAGGCUUGCUGUUGAACCCUUUAUUCUGGCUCAUCCUUUUGUAUUGGGCAGAGAAGCGAAGACACAGAGCAGAGUUGGGGGACUUAGAGCAAAGUUGGAACUUCUCCGGUCGAUGGCUCUCGUGGGGUGGGAAUGGUAGUAGCAGUUGGGAAAAUUGGUCAGGAUCCGUCGGCCUGUUCGGUACUGGGUGGGAGAUAAACGUUAUGUUGGCAUCAACUAUUGAAGGCUUUCGCUUUGCUUACUUUUUUUUCAUAAUAGACAUUCUUUCAACUCACUCAGGGGACGAGGUUACAUCUUUAUUGAAGAUGUUAGACAUUCGUCUAGUCCACCAUCCUAGUAGUCGUACGUAUCGAUGUCAAUAAAUCUCUACCUAAGCAACAUAUUAUAAAGAUGAUCUAGUUACAAAUCUUCACCGAGCAUAUCUAGCAUCCUGAGUAGAAGGAACAAUCAAUGGAACAAAGAAGUUGGUACUAGUCCUAGUAGAAGAGGAAAUAGUCUUCAAAAUAUACAUUAUUUUCAUUACUCUUUCUCUUACGUCAAGUUCCUCUAAUCGAAGACUCUUCGGUGGAAGCGGUGUUGUUACCAUUACUCGCUGUAAUUCUAGCCCACAGCUGCGAUCGCCGCACGAUCGGGGAGAGCAUUAAGGCUUAGUUGUACCGCAAUUCAUCCUAAGAAGCAUCUUCUUUGACCCCUGCGUCCUUUACAAAGGAAGAAAUGCGAGAAAGAUGCUUUUCAAGAUGAAUUUGGCUAAGGUCUAAGAACAGAGCAUGAGCACAGUAGUCCAUAAUACCGCGUCGCCAAGUAAUACGGAUGAUGAUCUCUCAGUUAUUAAGGCUUCUUUGUUUAAGGGAAAACCAGACGGGCACCGUACGCGCUAAGGGUGGGAAAACCCCUUUGUUUAAGGGAAAAUCUAAGGGAGUCGGUCCCAAGAUGACUUUCAAGACAGAUCAUUGUAGAUCUAACUCAGAAAGAGCCUCGUCAGUCAGCACCAGAAGAGGCGCUAGAGCGGCAAGUCGAGGAGCAGCUCCUCGUCGAGGAUCAGGGAGCUCUACUAACGUUACGACCUUCUGCAUGGUGGAUAGUCGUAGUCUAGUUGUAAGUCGUUGAUGCAUAGUCGUAGUCUAGUUGUAGUUCUUCAAUGUCUUCAGGAUAGAAACGGCUUCUCCGAUAGGUGUAGAUUUGUGGCCGAUUGUACGGCCUUAUGCGCCCCCAGUAUGUAACUUGGAUGAUCUUAUAUAGGUUAAUUAAUUGUUUGCAAGGGCGGUGCUGGCAUAUAGUCCUAACGCAAAAAAAAAAAAACUUGUCUCUACUAGGACUCCCUAUCAGGGAUACCCACAUGACACUGUGGCUCUCCUUAGGCUUCACCUCCUUCUCGUCUUCGCCUGGUGCUCUUUGAUCAUGGUGUGAUAGGAGACUGCUCAAGUCAACAUGAGUUACCUUCUUACGUUUUUUACCACCCUAGCACUCUGUCUAGUACUUCUUGUUGUUCUAUGGUGAAGAUCUUUCUCUCUUCACGUUGUCGACCUCAUCGGAUCUUCCUUUCUUUACCCUGUCUAGGCCGUGUUGUUCUAUGAUCUUCCUUUACCUUGUCGACCUCAUGAUCUAUCCACAAAGAUCUCUUCUUAUUCCAUCCCUUCUUGUUCUAUCCACAAAGUCAACACUCUAAGACCUGCAGCCCUGGGAUGUCAGCUGCAAUGAGGACGAAGGUGAAGCAAGGAUGCGUGACUUCGGACGGUACCUCGGACUUGGAUGCCGGUAGUCGGAACUAUCUAAAAGCGGCUGUCUCGAACGAGAAAGUCCUACAAUUGCGUGGCCUGACCAAAAGCUUCAACACGAAGAAAGUUAUGAUGUAGUGAAGAUGUUGACGUAGGUGGAAGAUUUUUACACGACCGCCUGGCCUCAGGAACAUGGUAAGAAAAUGUGAUGCGGGCAUACAACUUUGAUACUUUUAUUGUGAACAGAAACCAAGGAAACGUAUACCUACGCCUAGGAAGUCGACUUCUAUUGAACUCUAUUUUAACGUUCCAGAAGCAGCCUAGUUGAAGUAGCUCCACUCAACGAAUAGCAGCACGUCGUCGAAUAUUUGACCAGCACUAGAGAAGAAAUGAUAUCUUCUAAUCCUCGGAUUUGAGGACUACCUAGAGAAAGUUUCGCUAAUAUCUUUCUUCUAAUGAUCCCAACAGCGAUUUGACUUUCGAUGUGCAUCGUGGGGAAAUUUUCGGUUUGCUCGGACAUAAUGGUGCCGGAAAAACAACGCUGAUUUCUCAAAUCACCGGGAUGAUUCCCUGUACAAGUGGGGACGCACUUGUGGGCGGAUAUUCGAUCCGCACACAAGUUUCGGACGUCCGACGACGAGUCAGUUUGUGUCCGCAGUAUAAUCCUAUGUGGGACAUCUACACUCUAGAAGAACACGUUGCCUUUUUCGCACGACUGCGGGGCGUGCCAGAAGCGAACAUCGAGACUCUGACGAAAGAGUAUGCGCGCUUACUCGGGAUCGAAGAGAAAUUGCAUACAUUGUGCCAAGAAUUGUCUGGCGGUCAGAAGAGACGCUUGUGGGUGCUCUGUGCUUUGUUAGGGGAUAGUCCGUUGAUCAUUCUGGACGAGCCUACAAGCGGGAUGGAUCCACAGGCACGACGCGAUUUCUGGGUGCUGCUAAAACGCAUCGUGCGCGAACAGAAACGCAGUGUCCUAUUCUCAACCCACUACUUGGAGGAGGCAGACCUCUUGGCGGAAAGAAAAGUCAUCUUGGCUAAUUAUGGCUUCUUUUCACGAAGUCACGAAGUGUCGAAGACUACGUAGCGAACACUACUUAGUAUCGAAUUCGAAGACUACGUAACGAACACUAAGUAACGAAGACGGCAUUACAGUUUCUCACGAAGAUUACAGUAUAAUUUGACACAAUGUGUUGAAUGUUGGGGGAGGUUCGUCAACUUGUUGCAGGUUACUUGUUGCAGUUUUUAGAGCUUAUUGUUGACAUUGAUAGUUCGUUGUUGUUCUUCUAUCCGUUCUAGAUACUUAAGAUCAUACUUCUAGAUGAUCUACUGCAACAACUACAACUACUAACACUAAUUCCUCGAAGAAAUAGUCUGACUUUUUGGCUUGUAACUGUAAGAAAGAAAUUAAACUAAGUUCUUCUUCGCCCUUCUAGUUCUCGCUUUUCUAACCCUUCGGCCGGCUGAUGGCGAUUGGAACGAGCAGCGAGAUGAAGCGCGCUUGGGGAGCUGGAUUUUGGGUCCACGCCAUGAUCGAUAAAGCCAAAUUAGCUGCUAGAUUGCUAAAUUAUGCUUAGAAGUUCGAUUGAUGAUCAUUGCUGUCCACUGGUGCAAGAAGUACUACAAACUAAAUACUUCCAGUACAAGAAGAUAUUAUUGUACUUUUUAGACUUGUAGAAGUACAAGAUAUGUUAUCAUAAUGAACAUAAUUUUCUACUUUGAACAAGGUUCAACAUGACGAUGUUGGCAUAGACCGCUUCCAACAAUGAGUAAUUACCAGUAUGGAUGCAUAAAGUACUAGACAUAAAAAAAAACCCAAUAAAGUUCUAAUCACGAGUCAACAUCACGACAAGCACAAGCAGUCCCGGUCCUGUGAACAAAUAUGUGAGUCGUGUUGGUCGAGACGACGAGGCAUAUCGUUACCAAAGGAGCGAGACCACAGGUGUCAUUGCGAAGGACAUCUUGAAGCGUCUUGGAGCUCACGUUGUUGGGCCAAUUUUAGCAGCUGCUGCAGAUGUUGGCUCUUCUCAUUCUCAACUAGUACGGUCUUCCUCUACUUUUAAGGCUAGGCGGGUCGUUUAGGUGUUCCACCUGUAGUUACCGUUCGUUUUGCCUUUGUUCUUAAUGGGAAAACUCAUAAAAACGAACGGCGUAAGCAGCUAACACCAAAACCCUACCUCUAAUGCUACUUCUUCUUCCCAGUUCAAUGUAGAGACCAAGAAUCCCCGAGUGAGUGACUUCUUUUUAGCUUAUUCGAUUCCGUGGCACCACGUGGGCAAGAUGGCGAGAGUCUUGGAUGCGUUGGCCGCGGCCUCGCAACUGGAGGCCUAUGGAGCGGACAAAGAGGGGGAUCCAGUUCUGGACUUCACCGUAGAACAGACGACGAUGGAAGAGGUCUUUUCUUUAGCAGGCGAAGCAGCGGAGAAACAGGAUUUGAGUCAUUAAGAAUGAAGGUUCAUUCAACUUGAUUUUUUGAUAAGAUCACAGUUAGAAGAUCUUGAAAUCUUCCAGCACUGUUCUCUUUGCUUCAAGGCUUAUUUUGAUAAGAUUACUAAAUUGAUCACAAGCAGCACAACGAGGAUGGCGGUUGUAAGAUCAAGGUCGUUUUACUGUUUCUCCUCUUGCAAAGAAAGUCGCUUUAUGUUCUAACCAGUAGCGGAAAUGGACAUCAUGACGCAAUCCAAGAAACGAGACCAAAGGUUGAGCCGUGCACCGCUCAGGAAACGCAGUCUCAACUGGUUCACUCAGUUUUGCGCGAUUUGGCGGUUUCGUUUCGUAGAGUCUAUACAGAAUUGGGUACAACUCCUAUGGUUGGUCACUUUCAUCGGCACAGUUUUGACCUUGGGGAAGCUGAUGGGGAAGAAAUUGCAAGACGUAGACUCUUUGAGGUUCAAGAACUACCAGCAAGUGCGGGCACCGGAAGAAGGGAGGAUCGGGCUUUUCUCGGACAUCUUUCACUCGCUCGUCACAGCUUUGGUCUUCCCAUUAAUGUUCUCGUGCUUCGGAAUGAACGCGAUAUGGAGUGCGUACUAUACGGAGACGACACAAGGUACUAAGAUGAUCGUUUUCGCUAACAGUAGAACGAUUUUUAAGUAGAUAUAGAUCUAGUUCUGGUUCUAGAUUUGCAUUCGUCCAGCAACUACAGCUCGAAGAUGAAGACAACCUCUUUUUGUAGACAGGUCAAGGUCAUCUCGUACCACCAACAUCACCAACUCAUAGGUCUUCUCCGUCAUAUGACGCUUCAUGGUACGAGCAGAGGGGCCUUUCAUUUGGCGAGUUUCUUCAACUGGAUUGUCGUUCCAACUGGGUUAGGUUGGGCGGCGUUGGGGAUUGGAUUUCCGACACUGUUGACCGAUAGCUAUGGUACAACUUGAACUUUACAUCACCUCAUCAGUGUACUCUGUGAUACUUACGUUACAUCACAUCAUCAGAAGUGUACUCUGUGGUACCUACUUUGCAUCACAUCAUCUGUGUACAACUAACUUCGAGGACUUUCCUUUGAGCGACAGUGUACUUAAUAGAAGACUCUUCUUUGUUGACCGAUGGUAGCUGUGGUUGACGUACUCCUUCAUUGCUGUUGUAGUUGAUGAAUUUAGAUGUUGUAGUUGCAAGUAGUACUACUUCGAUACAAGAACAACAUGGGCUUUUCUACAGCGGUCAAAAUUACAGCUUUGAUGUCUACGUAUCACUAACUCUUAUAGGUUCCUCCGAAGGCCCUAUGCAAGCCUUUUUAUUGUGGAUUAUAGCUUGUGGUUGCAUUUUGAACAUUCUGACUCCAAUGCUCUUCGGUCUAACGGGCAACGGCACCCUGUGGACUAUUUUCGUGGUCGGAACCUACGUGACGGCGCUGUUUCCCUUCAUCUGUGGCCUAAUCAUUGAUUUGGUGGUAAACUUGCAGAUGUUGGGCGAAAUGCAGGAAGUUCUACACGGUACUCAGAAAGUCUCACCAGAGCUAAACGACUGGUAUUCGUGUCAAUUCGUCGCUCAGUUUAUGACCAUGGCCACGGGAGCCACGUAUCCAGUUACCUUCAUUUAAGGCUCAGCUCUCAUUGGUCAUACUCUCAUGACAUUAGUCAUAAAAAUUCAGCUUGGUCACUGAGAUCGAAGAGGAGACCCCUUGCGAGAACAGGGGACGAAAACGAAGGGAAAACAACAAGGGGAGAGGCGUGUAUGGGGUCUUGAUGUUCCUUCAGAAGAAUGAUCUUCAGUGUCCAAUGAGUGUGGUCGACCUUUAAUUUAUGGGCUUGGGGCGUGCGGAGUGGGUGUCCACGGUGAGCGUCGUUUUUUCCGUGUUUGUGCCACAGACAGCAAUAGUCCAAGGAACAAUGGGCCUCUUCAAGUUGAUCCUCGUGGAUCGCAUGCGUCAGGUGAUGGCAGGUGAGAAAGAUCCUAAGAACAGUUUUCAGAUAUUGAACAUGGCCAAGGCUCAGAACCCGAACUUCUUCAUGUACGGACAGGUUGAGCCAGACCAGGUAAAGUAUUUCGUCAAGUCAGACGAUCUGCUUCGGGCACUGAACAGCGCGUAUCAGAUGGAGGGCAAGUACCAUGAUAAGGUCUUGGAGGCUGUCGUGUUUCGAAUGCGAGACUCGAAUUAAGGCUCAAUAUGGAUAAUUGUAAUUUUUUUGUUUCAUCUAGUGAGUCUAGAAAGAGGUCCUCGACUUUUCCUGAUCCCGUAAGCUUCGCUCUUGAAAUCCCGGAGAAGUGAAUUGAUGUUUUCAGGUCUAAUGAAGGGGUACAUUGCCUCCAGGAUGUGCCGACAUGGGUUGGGUGACACGAACUGCUUGGUUCGAAGUACUUGCGCCGGUGUACUGCUUGCUGUUCUACUUUAUGAUUGGUGGAAGCAAGUCCAAGUACUCGAAUUUCGCAUUCGCCCGAUGAAUGUACUUGACUACCUGGUAAAGAGGAUGGUCGAAUUCUUGGUAAUAUUAAGUGGCAGCUGUUCGAAUUCUUGGUAAUAUUAAGGCUCGCACUUCUAAUCUAGUAGUCAUUUUCGUUUUAUCCGAGACGUGGUUUUUGCGAUCACGUAUUCAGAGCGGAGCGGUUCCACCGGAAGGGUUACCGCCUAGUGACGUGAGGGAUGAACUCCGAGACCCCAACGUCCUUGCAGAAGAACGCCGCAGAGACAGAGAACAAGACGUAGUCGACGUCCGUGGUGCAUAUAAGCACUUUCGCGACGAAUAUUAUGGCUUCCCUUUUAAAUUCAUCUUGGCCUUCUUAGGGAUAGGGCUGUCCCGUGGGCUAAGAACAGCUACAAGGGGUACCCCAUCAAGAUGGAGUUGAUGGGCUAGCGUUUAGCGUGAGCUCUAAGAAUACGCAAAUAGAGACCACAUAGUUCGCCGUCGAAGGGUCGGCGGCGGCAGGGACAACACAGAACUGGUGCAAAGAAGAGGAGAAGCGGGUUUGUUGAGCACGCAGCCAACUGGGUGGGCAGCUUCUGUCACACGGUUUUGGAGCAGCAAUUGCCGUUGUUGUCGGCAGAGGAAAGCUGCCUAUGAAGAAGCGUCUGAGGUGGGCGGCCUAGCUACAUCCGAAGAAAGGGAAAGCAUGCUAGAAGGAAGUGGAGUUGACGAUAGGGGACGAGGUCGCGGUGCUUCCACAUCCUGUUGUGGUUGUUUGUCACGUGGAGGCUCGAGUAGUGCAGCUGCAGAACCUAAUUGGGCAACUCGUGGCGUGACCUUAGGAAUCCCACGCGGCGAGUGUUUCGGGUUACUCGGCCCGAACGGUGCCGGCAAAACGACGUUGUUCAAUCUGAUGACAGGCGAUGACAACAUAGGUGGCGUAGAUGCAGGCUCGAUCUGGAUACACAACACCAACACGCGGCGCGAUGCCUUCAAAUCUGCGCGUUUGAGAAUGGGGUUAGCUCCUCAGUUCGACCGUUUGUGGUCGUGGCAGACGGGUCGACGACAUCUACGGCUGUACGCCAAGUGCAGUGGCACCUACUACAAACCGUGGCCGAAGACGCCGACCUGGGACCCCUUUGUAAGGGAGGUGUCCGAGAUCGAAAGAGAAAAAGGACUGUCGGCGACAAGCAGAACGAAUAGUCCUAGGGAUGACGACGAUGACAUAGGACCCCUGGCUACCACGACAACUCAUUAUACCACUUCUUCCUCAAUUACUAAAGGUGGAUCCUCAUCUUCACGAUCGCCUUCAAAUGUAGCAGGAGGAGUAGCAGGAGACCAUAGUGCCACGAAGCCGCAGAUGAGUCAGAGUCUUCUUCACAUCAACAACAGUAACAUCAGAGGUAGAAAUUAUACUGGUGCAGGUCUUGAUUUCGAAGAUUUUGAAGUCGAUGACGAACCUGAAAUUCAAGAGUUGCUUAGAAAUAGCCAAAAGAUCCAAAUGAACUACCCAUCAGGAGCCUCGCAAGCAACAGUCUUAGGAAAGUCGGCUGCUCUCGUAGAUGACCCCCUUGGGUCAUCAAGAUCAUCUUCAACGUCAUCCUCCAGUCGAACUACUACAGGUUCAGAGGUGGAUGUCUGUGACUGGGGUGAAGAGCGUAUCUCUCGUUUCCUACGGGAAGUCUCCCUGUCCGAGGAGGAUGCCGAUCGAUACGUGGAUGAAUAUAGUGGCGGCAUGCGACGCAAGUUGUCACUAGCCCUGACCUUGAUCACGGAUCCGGAACUGGUCUUCUUAGAUGAGGUCUCUGCGGGAGUCGAUAUUGUGGCACAGAGAUCCUUGUGGAACAAGAUGAUCCACAGGCCAGCGGGCCAGACGAUUGUGGCAACUACCCACUCCAUGAUGGAAGCUGACGCGACGAGUGACCGAAUAGGCAUUCUGGUAUCGGGAAGGCUCAAAUUUAAGUCAGAGAUGAGGGAAGUAGAUAACUGUUAGUCUGUAAGUAACUGGUGGUGGUGUCGGGAGGGAGUUCUUGUUUGAUUGCAUUUUCUAGAAGUUUCAAUUUUUUAUUAUUUUGCACAUCAGACUGUAGUUCAGCGAAAAGUCUUCUACUUGCUGAGAAAUUCUGCUUGUCUGAAACUCUUCCUAGUCCUCGAUCCUAGUUCGUUGCUUCUUGGUUGAUUCAUUCGAAACAUCAUCAAGUGAGAGCACAUGAUAUGUAGCACAAGGUCUAAGAAUUGCUUAGGCGAAACUGCGAGAAUAAAAGCAGCCUACGGCAACGGCUAUCAUCUGGAGCUCACCUUGAAUUUGACAAAGGAACGUAGGCCGAUUCCGCUCAAUGUUAAAAAUGCUGUAAAUGGUGGCAGCGGCAAUCAUCAUCAUCAUCAUCAUCAUCAAGAGGAUGGAGCAAGAAAAGCAGGUCUAACAGAUACUCCAACAUCUACUGUCAGUGCUGAUUCAUUCAUCGGAAAUAGCGCAAGAGGUGCUCGGCUUCGUCGUGGUAGAGGAGGCGAUGAGUAUGGAGUAGACCUCCAGGAGAACGAUACGAUCAUGAUGAUGGGGCCAUCCAGUACACCAAGGAGAGCAGGUGCUGGAGGUGAAGUUAAGGCCGCUGCCGCUGAAGCAUCCUCCGCGCCACGAUCCUUGGCUACUUCUUUUUCAAGGGGAAAAAGGAGCGUCCAAGGAUAUCUUCAUGACUCUCAGGUCAGAAGUAGAUGCGAACGCGGUAGCUCUAAUGAUGGAGCUGGUCGUGACUCGAGUUCUACAGCAUCAGGCUUGUCUUUAGCAACAGUGGACGAGGCAGUGAUCACCUCAUUGUUGCAGAGAGAUGUCGGGAUCGCACCAAAAGACGUCCACGUCCUCGAAAAAGUGUCUUUCGGUGGUUCACGAGUACGAUUGGUACUUGGUUUGGGGGCAAAAGGGGUGGUCAGUGCAGAAGACGAAAUAGAACAGAAUGCAAGAAGAAGCCUGAUAAAGGCCAAAGAUUAAGGCUACAAGAAAUCCAUCCCCACGGGCAUCUUAGUCGUAUAGUGGAUGCUACAACUCAUUGAGAACGAAGAUACGGGAAUGUCGUUCCUAAGUAAGAAGGCAAAGGGAGAGCGACAUUCUCAAUGAGUGAAAGCAUUCUUUCAUUGGUCCCCUUUUUAAAAGGAAAAAGGGCACGAAGAUGCUGCUGAAGAUGGAUUUAUGGUACCUCUAAAAAGAACAACAAAAGUUGUUCGCUUCUACUUCCGGGCCCUUGUCGCCAAUAGAUCAGGACAAAUUCAAGUUAAGAAGAAGACUUUUUUGCUAAUUCUAAUUGAUAGUAACUAAAACUAUUAAGAAGUGCACCGUCAUCUACAUCUUCAAGAUUGAUAUCAUGCUGCUCAUGCUGCUCUUGCUUUUCCUCAUAAAACAUGCUAUCAAUUGUAGGGGCUCAGAAAAUUCUUCUUUACAUCCACUUCCUUACCACAGCUUGCACGAGAUGAAUAAAUCUUCGCUUCCACUUCGUGACAAGGACAACGUCUCUCACUCUCUCUGUUGUAUCUCCAGGUCUUCUUGAGUUGGCUCCUCUAUUAACUGGUAGUUUUCCGGUUCUGCCUCUACAUCUCCCGUUCUAACACCCGCAGCGGCCACAUCAUCCGCGACAAUUCCAUCUGGAUUCGUGGAUUUAGACCGUCACUACUUGGAACAAGAGAAGCAGAUGCGAGUCCGGCAACACGACCUGGAGCGCAAAGAACAAUAUGGCUGAUAUACUUAUAUCGUUUUUUCGCCUGGAACAAGAUCUAUAGUUUUUAACUAUACCAGGCACGACAAUGAACAAAUCAUAUAUGAAUGCUCCACAAGAUGAAGAAUGAGAAUCCAUGGUGCACCACAAUGUUUGUUGCUAGCAUGUUCCCAGAACCACAAUGGUUGAUGUUGUGACCAGAGGACAUGCUGUAGUGCAUGUUCUACUGAACUUCUAUUGUUCCUAACUAUUGUCAACAUCUUCAAGAAGAGACUUCUAUUGUUCCUAACUUCUAUUGUCAACUCUAUAACUAAGAGUCCUCUUCUAAGAAGGAUUAGUACGCAAGAAGAUCAAGCUUAGUGCUGUCUUUGCAUGGUGCUCAGAAGACCCUCUGCACAUACUAGAGGACUACGGUUUGGGCGAACCGACUUUGGAACAGGUGUUCCUGAAGUUUGCACGCGAACAAGAGGUAUUGGACGCCAGACGGGAAGAGGUCCGUUCGGAAAAACUCGCUUUAAAUAGGAGAGACUUUAGAUGAUAGAAGGUAUACAUAGGGUUUAAUAGUAAAUAAAUAAGAAUAUGUGGUUCAUCUUAUUCUUAAAUUUACAUUUUUGCGAUUGAGACGUAAGACUGAAAAAUUUACAUUUGGUAUAGUAGGAUUAAGACGUAGGAUUAUUAACUGGUAAUCCAUUUGAUUAUUCCUCUCAAAAACGAGGACUGAGAAAUUAAGAUUUAAAUUCUUCAAUCAGCCUCUAUGCCCAGUAGCAGAGAAGUUGGAUACUAAUAGGAGGGUUUUGGAUUCAGUGUUUAUCAAUCUACUAUCUUAGUAAGUUGUAAGUAGUUUUGCAACUGUGUCUGGUUGAUCUAAAAGUAGCUAGGUACUACUAGAUUAGGCACCAGCAUAAGUAUAUUGUUUCCCGCAGAAGUAAAUGUGCAUAUUUCUUGUUUCGCUUCCAUUUGAACUAAGUAUUCAUUGUUAAGAUGUUGACCACACUAUCUCGGAUUUAUAGCAACCUGAAAGAAUUCCAUGACAGUCUACCACACGUUGUCUAGCAAUAUAGAAGUUAUCAAAAUGAUUAUUCGUCUUAUGUCAGUAUCAACAAAAAAUUACAAAGUCUCCUAAAUUUGCAUCUCUCGCGUUAAUCGUGAAGAUCGUAUUGUUAAAGAAGUUAAUUCAUGUCUACUUCGUCUUAUACUUACAGUUCCUGAGCUAUUAUUUUGCGGUUAUAAUGAUACUACUAGAUGCACCUGCAACAUGAGGUUAUUUAUUGCGCAUGAGUUACGGUGUUCCGGGAAUUAUCAUGAUAUUAUUAUUAUGAUACUAGAUAGAAGAUACACGCAGUGGUCCGUUGUGCAUACAAAAAUGAACAGCAAGAAUUUCAAUUUCCUCCAAGAAUUAGAUGAACGAACGAAUCGAUGUCAUUUCAAUGCCACGCGAAGGCAAACGCGAACCUAGAAUGUCAUAUGAAUAUGAUUACAACAGAGCGCUAUUCGAAAUAUUUACAACCAUGAUACCGUUGUCGUUGUCCCCGAUAUUCAUCUUGAUGAAAUACAUCAUGUACAACUACUAUGAAUGCUCCAUCUCAAAUUGUAACAGAUUUUCAACUUCAUGCAAGCAAGAAGGCAACUAAAAACCAAAAAUUCAAUCUGACAAUAAUUAUGUAAGUAUGUAUGAUGCCAAAUUUCAACUCUGUAGAUAUAAUUAUGCUGAUUUAGUGCUCGGAUACUUCCGCCGUGUAAUAAUUAUUACUCGGCGGCAUAGUUGGACUUUGGUGCAUGGAGAGACUGCCGCAAGGUGAUAAUUUUGACACGGCGGAAUGCUAUUCGGGCUGCGGUCGGCAUAGUUAUUCAAAGCUUCAGCAGUUUUGUCCUCGCUUUUUAGAGCUUGGGUCCCCGGUAUUCAAGCGCUCUACUUUAUAACUAUGUCGAUUUGUCCGAAACCAGGAACCUAGUAGAAAGAAGAUGUGCGCGGUCCUUCGGAGACGGUGAUCGGCCUAGUGUAGCUUGGGACUUAGCGUAGCGCUACCAGCUCCAAGGCGUAGUUUUGUUUUUGGCUCUUCAGCAGCCAUUCUUUCAUGUCUGCCAGUUUUCCUGGUAGGUCCACACCUAACCUAACCUGUCCGAAAUCGGGCAAAUCGGCAUAAUUAUGAAAAGCUUCCGCAGUCGCGGCGCCCGUUUUUAGCGCUUAGGCCCCCGGUGGUCAAAAGUUUUACUUUAUUUAAUUAUGUCGAAUUUCUCGCAUUUUCUUAAUUUUCGGCCAAAUCGACA